AUGACUACUGAAGAUUUGCUCAAGAUAAGUUCAAAUCAAGGUAUUGGAUUUGCUGAUGAUUUACGUGAUAUGGAGACGGACAGUUACUCUUCAAAUGACAUCGAAGAAGUUGAUUCUGGUUGUACGGUUAGUCCUGGUGGACAUAAGUAUUAUGUUCCUUAUACUGUUGAUGAUGAGAAUCUGAAGCCGUGUUUGAACAAGUCAUUUGCAAAUCUUGAAUCUGGUAUUGCUUUUUAUAAGGAGUAUGCACGAGUGUGUGGAUUUGAUAUUCGUCGUAGUGCUGAGAAGAAACACGAUGAUGGUACCAUCAUAAGCAAGUAUUUGGUUUGUAGUAGGGCUGGUAAUAGUGAAAAUAACAGUAGUUCUGAGGGAAGUACAACUCAGUUGGGUAAGAGGAGGAGGACUAUGUCUGGUAGGUGUGGAUGUCAUGCGAAACUUGUUUUAAAAUUUGCCCCUGGUCAGAUAUAUUUUAUUUUUCGCUUUGUUGAAGCACACAAUCCCCCCUUGGUUUCCGAAGAUUGUAGGCAGUUCUUAAGAGGAAAUCGUCAAAUGUCUACGUGUUCUAUGAAUUUUGUGUUUGAUGCUAGUAAAGUUAAUAUUGGUGCAAGCAAGGCAUUUAGAUUGAUAAAAGAGAUGGUUGGAGGAUAUGAGAAUGUUGGAGCCACGUCAAGAGAUUAUAGGAAUUUUGAUAGAGAUCUAAAAGGAUUUGUUGGCGAAUAUGACGGUGAAAUGGUUAUUGAGAAAUUUAAAGUUAAUCAAGAAACAAAUCCCUCUUUUUUCUAUGAUUAUGAGGUUGAUGACAAUGGUCACCUGACCAAACUGUUUUGGGCUGAUGCUACGGCACGAAGAAAUUAUGAGCUCUAUGGCGAUGCGGUAUCUUUUGAUGCAACAUUCAACACGAACAAGUACAAUAUGAUUUUUGCUCCAUUUACCGGAGUGGACAAACAUAACAAAUGUGUGACGUUUGCCUCGACCCUUCUUUCGAAAGAAGAUGUUGAACAUUUUAGUUGGGCAUUUAAAGCACUAUUGAAAGCUAUGGGUAGGAAUCCUGUUUGUAUAGUGACCGACCAAUGUCCAGCAAUGAAGCAGGCUGUACCCAUUUGUUUUAAAGGAACUGAUGAUUUUCCUGCCACUAGGCACCGUUUGUGCAUGUGGCAUAUAACCGAAAAAUUCCCUGCCAAGCUUGGCAACUUUUUGUGCAAAGAAACUGAAUUUAUGGGAAAAAUGAAGAAUGUUAUAUGGUCUUCUACUAUAGAGGCUGCUGAGUUUGAGGAAGGGUGGAAAUCAGUUAUAAAAGAAUUCAAGUUAGAAGAUAAUCGUUGGCUGACAGAUAUGUAUGAUAUGAGAGAGUUGUGGAUCCCUGCAUAUUUUCGUGAUAAACCAAUGUAUGGUCUAAUUCGGACGACAUCGAGAUCCGAAAGUGAAAACUUUUUCUUCAGUCAUUUUCAUCAAAGUGGCAGUAGUUUGUGUCAGUUUUACAUUCGAUUUGAAAGUGCAAUGGAUAAGCAGCGCUCAGAAACAAAGAGGUUGAAUCACGAGUGUAGAUCUGGAAAACCCGCUCUAGUUUCAAAACUCUAUCUUGAAGAUGAUGCUUCUGAGUUGUACACUCGUUCAGUUUUUUAUAAAGUGCAGGAAGAGAUCUUGGCAGCUCGUGAUGACAUGCGAAUUUAA